AUGCACGGCCUCAUAGUUUUGAUACUGGUCGAGUCCCAGUCAGCGGUGCGGUUCCCAAGGCCUGGCAGGCUCACUUGGCUGCUCCUGACCGUCACCUUUACCUGCACAGCCAUGGGCUGCAUCCAGAGCAUCGCCUGUAACAAGUCGCGCAUCAAACGGGAGAACAUCGUGGUGUACGACCUGUCCGCCACCAUCGACCACUGCCCGACUGUCAUCGAGGAGAACUCGCCCAUAGUGCUGCGAUACAAGACGCCCUACUUCAAAGCCUCGGCGCGCAUUGUGAUGCCCCCACUUCCCCGCAACGAGACAUGGGUGGUGGGCUGGAUCCAGGCGUGCACCCAGAUGGAGUUUUACAACACCUACGGAGACGUCGGCAUGUCAAGUUGGGAGCUGCCUCAGCUACGAGAAGGCCUGGUGAGGGCCAUCAGCGACUCAGACGGCGUGAGCUACCCCUGGUACGGAAACACCACCGAGACUGUCACCAUCGUCGGCCCCACCUCCAAGCCGUCGCGCUUUGUCGUUAGCAUGAACGACAAUUUCUACCCCAGCGUCACCUGGGCUGUGCCGGUCAGCGAAUCCAACACGCCCUUACUGACUAACAUCAAAAGAGACCAGAGCUUCACCACCUGGCUGGUGGCGCUCAACACCACGUCCAGGGAAAAGAUCCUGCUCCACACCAUCAAGUGGAGGAUGAGGGUCGACGUCGCGGUGGAUCCGUCCCUGCCUCUGGGCUCCAGGGCCCGACUGGUGGGCCGGGUGCACCAGGACCAGCCGCGGGUGCUGAGCCGCAUGGAGCCCAUCCCUCCCAACGCCAUGGGGAGGCCCAACGCCAACGACGCCCAGGUUCUGAUGUGGAGGCCGAGGAGAGGCCCCCCGCUGGUCGUCAUACCAUCCAAGUAG